GUCGCGCAGUGCGCGCACAGCUGAUUCCGACGUUUGUUCAGUCGCAAUAACGAAGCUGCGUUGACGACGUCAGUGUAUUACACCAUAAACACUGUCCAGAAGUCUUUAUUCCGAUUUUACACACACACACACGAACACAAUCCCACGAAUCACGCCCGCAACAGCACUGCUGCACCGUGGACUAUAACGUUACGUGUGGCAAUUGAUCGCAGUCGAUCGCUUUGUCUGCUGUUGUCGAGUUGUCAUUAGUCUCGUGUCACUGCGUCCACCGACUCCCCGACGGUUCUUUGCAUUGUCGACGUCAGUGUCUGUCCGCACACGAUACCACACGCCCACAUUUGUCACCGUCACCAUCGAACACUCGACAAAAUGGUCUUGUUGAAAACAACUGUGGUCGUCCUCCUGGCCGUCGCGUGCGUGUCCGCCGCCACCUCGACCCCCGUCAAGUCUCCGCUAGCUGCUGAUGUCCACCAGGAAAAACCUGACGUGUCCUUCCCUCCUGAACCAAUGAAACCAACAACAUCUGGAAGCAACAUAAGUACUACAGUACCUACAAUAGAUAACAAAACUACUACAGUAGUACCACCUACUUCCAAACCAACGACAACUCCAAUACCUACUACAACAACUGCUACAACAACUACUACUGCACCACCAACUACACAAGCACCAAAUGUUACAACAACUACAAUUAAACCAUCAACAACUACACUCGCACCAAAUGGUACAACAACUACUUUGAGUCCAAAUAGUACGACUGCUGUUCCACCCACUACUACAGAACCAUCUCCAGCACCAUCUCCGGCUAGAAGUUGGGAUGGUCCAAGUUUCUUAGGUGGCAUGGUCCUAGCUUUUGGUAUAGUUGCAGUCGGAUUUGUAGGAUACCGAUUCUUCUACUUGGGACGUGGAGGUGCCUACCAUACUUUGUGAACAUUGAUAAUCUGAUCAAAUUAUAAAAAAUAUAAUAUUUUUUUUAUAUAUAGGGCUAUUAAUUUAAUUCAAAAACCUAUAUAAUUGUAAAAAUAUUUUACUGAUUAAUUAUUUAAAAAAUAGAGCACCCUUUCUCAAAAUUCAGUGCUCAUUAUUUAUUUUUUAGUGGCAUAUUUAAAUGCUUCAUACAAAAUUAGGAAUUUGGAAAUCCAUCGUAGAUAUUAGUAUUGUUUAUUCAGUUCAUAUUUGUUUUUUUUUUUUUUUAAAUAAUGAAUAGUCAACAUUUGACAAACUGUUCUUAUUCAAUUUAUUUUGGUGAUAACUAAUGUAAAAUUAUUUUUUAAGUAUUUUUUUAUAUAAUUAAACGCUGUAAAGAUAAUUUUGUCUUUUAUUUUAAACUGUUUCAUGUGUGUUUUAUAUUUAUGUAUUAAUUCAUAAGGGGAAGGCGUAUAAUAUAUGAGUGUGAAGUGAAUCAAAAA